AUCUGGCGUAAGUGGGAAAAUAGUAGCAUCUUCAAAGCCAACUGUUGUAGCGGGCACGUUUUUCUCGCGCAAAUGUGGACAUUUGCAUGUUGUCACCGGUUUGCUCUUGUCCACUGUUCAGCGCAUUCCCGGAGGCGGGGAUUCUGCUCUUCUAUUCCGCGUUCGACAACGCUCCUCGUCGCAGCAUCAUUCGCCAGUUCGUGGGCCCGAACCCGCCGUCUGGCUCUGCUCCUACUACAGCCCUCGAGACGGCGUCAGCCUGAGCCCCGACACGAAGCUUCAGAUGACCCGACAGCCGCGUCGAGACGUCUGGCGUUUCAACUGUCCCGUGCCUCCUCUGGCCGGACUCGGCGCACCGAUUUCCCGGUCCUCGGGCUCGGGCUCGGGCCAGCCCACUCCGGCGCCGAGUAGAGCCUCGGAGCCGGCCAACUUGUCGCCAAACGCAAAGGCGACAAGCACCGCGAGAAGCGGCGAAAUGCCACAACACACCUACGCCUUGACGCCAGAAGCCUCACAAUCGCUGUCGCCUGGGCAACAAGGCCAUGCCACCGCCCAGCCGCAACAGCCCAUGCAACAGCAACAGCAACAGCAAAAGCCGGGCCAUGAUAGCCGCCGGCCCCAGAGCCUGAGGACAACGACAAAUCUGCUACAUUGCGGACAUACAGACGAUGCGUCGUGCAUGAUGUGCUCCAAAGAGGUCGAGUUGCCAAGCAUUGGCUCUCAUCUUCCCGGACCCGAUAUUGGCGCUCUGAGAAAGGCCAGAGCGUGA